AACCCGACCCAAUUUGCACUAUCAAAUUGAUUUAUGGUUGGAAAACGUUGAUGAUUUUUUGAGCCACAUGAACCAUAAGUAGGGUGAUGAAACAAGCAACAAAAUGGAACUCAAAGCAAAAUCAUGGCGAUUUGUUCACUCUCACUCAACAAAUUCCCUUCAUUAUUUCCCAAUCUACCCUCACUCUCCCGCCAUUUUCCAUCUUCUCCGUACAAAAAUCAGUUAUCAAUAUCUUACAAGCCAUUAGCAUCUUAUCGUUUUCCACCAGGUCGACGUUCAAUCGAAGAAGAAGAUGAUGAUAACGAGUCCGUUAACGGCAGUAACAGUAAGUUCACGGAAGCGGUGGCGUUAUUCAACAGUAGAGAUUACCACGGAUGUCAUGACUACCUAGAAGAAAUCUGGAACGAUUCCGAAGAUCCGAUUCGAUAUCUCGUUCACGGAAUUUUGCAGUGCUCUGUAGGUUUUCAUCAUCUAUUCAAUCAGAAUCAUAAAGGUGCGAUGAUGGAGAUUGGUGAAGGAUUAUGCAAGUUACGGAAGUUGAAUUUUGAUACAGGACCGUUUCAUCAGUUUGAGAGAGAUAUGUCUGCAGUUUUGGAUUUUAUUUACCAGACACAGUUAGAGUUUGCUGCCUGUAACGAUGACAUGUGUAUUGCUAUGGAUCAGUCUGAGACAUCGUAUAAACUUCUUGGUGGUUAUGGUGCUGGUCAGCAUCUGUAUUGGCUAGAAAUGGAUGGAUCUGCAAGUUUAUAUAUAGUGUUUUGCCCUGAUAGAUCUGUUACCGGUGAUCACCAACCGAGGGUUAGGCUUCCAAUUCUUUAUGCUUCUCAAGAACAUCUUAUGGAGCUAGAGCAGAUUUGAUCUUUGUAUGCAGUACAUUAAUCAUCUGUCAGUCUCUCUCUACUAGCUUCAACUGUAGCUUAAUGUAUAGAUUUAAGUACAUAUAUGAUGAAUACAUCUCUUUCAUUUCAUUUCGUACCAAAUAAACAAAAUAAAGAGUGUCUGAUAAA